AAAGGACUUGUGCGGCAUGUGGGACGUGCUAAGGAACCCACACUUCCUGGACCACUGCUCACAAAAUCGUAUCAAGUGGAGGUUUAUUGCCGAAAGAGCAGCGUGGUGGGGCGGUUUCUGGGAGAGGAUGGUACAGACAGUGAAGCGGAGCCUACGAGUGAUACUCGGAAAGAACAAGUUUGGAUUCGAAGAAAUGACGACCAUACUACAAGAAGUUGAAGCCGUCGUAAAUUCUCGACCCCUGGCUCCCGUUCACGACGCUCCACACGAGCAGGAGGCGUUGACGCCUGCGCACUUUUUGGGGGGCGGCUGGCUGACGGCGCUCCCAUCGACCAGCGUGGAGAACGUGCCAGUUUCGACGAGGGGGGACGACACCAGACGGUGGCGGCACCGACAAAGACUACUGAAUCAGUUCUGGGGGAGGUGGCAAAAGGAGUACCUCCUGCAGCUCCGCUCAGCACACCGGGCAACAGAGACACGCACGAACGACCUGCGGGACGGGGAUCUCGUCCUCGUCCAUGAAAACAAAACGCCACGGCUCAUGUGGAGCAUGGGGCGGAUAGAACAAGUUCAGCGGGGUCGGGACAACCACGUGCGUUCGUGUUUGGUGCGCCUGCCUGGUGGGGUUACACUUCGGCGUCCCGUCCAGCUCCUCUUCCCCCUU